AUGUUAGCACUCAUCAGUAAUCAACCCGAAGAUCACAUUGAGUUUUUACAACAAUUUCUAAAACGAAAACAAGAACUUCUAAACGAUUCAAAGAAAAUAUUUGGAGAAGAAAAAGCUGAACCGAAAGGAAACAAAACAGUCGAAGAGAAUUCAUCUUCAGUGGGCAAACCAAUUGUGUUUGUAUUAGGUGGACCAGGUAGUGGCAAAGGGACACAAUGUGAAAGAAUUGUUAAAGAAUUUGGUUUUUGUUCUUUCUCUGCUGGUGAUCUUCUCAGAGAAGAAGUUGCUAAAGGAACAGACCAGGGAAAGAAAAUUGAAGAAGCUAUGAAGCAAGGACAAUUAGUACCACCAGAGUGGACUAUAGCUUUAUUAAAGGGAGCAAUGGAAUCUAAACCUGAUACUAAGUAUUUAAUGAUGGUUUUUCCUAGGAAAUUAGAUCAAGCUGAAAAGUUUGAAGAUCAAGUCCGUCCUUGUGCUUUGGUCUUAAUGUUUGAAUGCAGUGAGGAUGUUAUGAUACAACGUCUCCUUCAAAGAGGACAAACCAGUGGUAGAGUAGAUGAUAAUGAGGAGACUAUUCGAAAGAGAUUGAAAACAUUCCAGGAAGCUACACUUCCAGUGAUAGAACACUAUGAUGCUUUGGGUAAAGUUGCCAAGGAACAGUGGGUGAAGAAGUAUUGCUAUGUUCAGUGGGAGUGUCUAAGGAGACAAAUAGAUCAUUGCUAUACAAGUUAA